AUUCGCAGAGUGGCAGGAGGAGCCAGAAGUCACGCUAAUCAGAGCGGCUAUUUCAGGAAGGAGAAGUAGCCCCAUGACCGCACAACUGAGCACAGCUCCUGAAGGUUCCACACCAUCUGCUCCUCUCCGCUGUGACAAGCCUUCAAGGCCUGUGGUCCUGAGUUCAGCCAUGGAGGACAGCCACGAACUGGACCUUACCUAUGUCACCGAGCGUAUCAUCGCAGUGUCCUUCCCUGCCAGUUGCUCGGAGGAGUCCUACUUGCACAGCCUGCAGGAAGUCACGCGCAUGCUCAAGUCUAAGCAUGGAGACAACUACCUGGUAUUAAACCUUUCAGAGAAGAGAUACGACCUUACAAAGCUUAAUCCAAAGAUCAUGGAUGUGGGCUGGCCCGAGCUGCACGCACCACCGCUUGACAAGAUGUGCACCAUAUGUAAAGCCCAGGAGUCCUGGCUGAACAGCGACCCCCAGCACGUGGUCGUCAUCCACUGCAGGGGCGGUAAAGGACGCAUUGGAGUGGUCAUAUCGUCCUACAUGCACUUCACCAAUGUCUCAGCCAGUGCCGACCAGGCACUGGACAGGUUUGCAAUGAAGAAGUUUUACGAUGACAAAGUCUCGGCUUUAAUGGAGCCCUCCCAGAAGCGGUACGUGCAGUUUCUCAGUGGGCUGCUGUCCGGAGCCGUGAAGAUGAACGCCUCACCCCUGUUCCUGCACUUCGUCAUCCUGCAUGGCGCCCCCAGCUUUGACACUGGAGGAGCUUGCCGGCCCUUUCUGAAGCUCUACCAAGCCAUGCAGCCUGUGUACACAUCUGGGAUCUACAAUGUGGGCUCUGAAAACCCCAGCAGGAUCCGCAUUGCCAUAGAGCCUGCCCAGCUGCUGAAGGGUGACAUCAUGGUGAAAUGCUAUCACAAGAAGUUCCGCUCGGCCACCCGCGAUGUCAUUUUCCGCCUGCAGUUCCACACGGGAGCCGUGCAGGGCUACGGGCUCCUGUUUGGGAAGGAAGAGCUGGACAGCGCCUGCAAAGAUGACCGUUUUCCUGACUAUGGCAAGAUUGAGCUGGUCUUCUCGGCCACACCUGAGAAGAUUCAAGGAUCUGAGCAUCUGUACAGUGACCAGGGAGUGACCGUGGACUAUAACACAGCAGACCCCCUGAUUCGAUGGGACUCCUACGAGAACAUGAGUGCGGAUGGAGAAGUGCUACACACCCAGGGCCCAGUGGAUGGCAGCCUGUAUGCCAAGGUGAGGAAGAAGAGUGCCUCCGAUUCUGGCAUCCCUAGUAGCCCUCAGGGCAUGCCAGCCACCAGCAGUCCAGACCACGGUGACCACACCCUGUCAGUCAGCAGCGACUCGGGUCAUUCGACUGCCUCAGCCAGGACUGAUAAGACAGAAGAGCGCCAGACCCCAGGAGCACGGAGGGGCCUGAGCCCUCAGGAGAAGGCCGAGUUGGACCAGCUGCUCAGUGGGUUUGGCCUGGAAGACUCUGCAAACUCCCACAAAGACAUGACUGACAUGCGCAGCAAGUACAGCGGGACACGCCACGUGGUGCCAGCCCAGGUCCACGUGAAUGGAGAUGCUGCCCUAAAGGACCGGGAGACCGACAUUCUAGACGAUGAGAUGCCCCACCAUGACCUGCACAGUGUGGACAGCCUGGGUACUCUCUCCUCCUCCGAAGGGCCCCAGUCAACCCACAUGGGUCCUUUCGCCUGCCUCAAGAGCAGCCAGAACUCCCUCCUGUCUGAUGGCUUUGGCAAUGGUGUUGCUGAAGAUCACAAUGGCGUCCUUUCUCCAGACCUGGGCCUUGGUGUAGACUCCCUUUAUGAGCGGGAGCGGAUGUGUGGGGGCCGAGAGCAAAAGCAGCUGCAACCCCUGUCGAGGAAGCCCUCUGCACCCACCCCGACGCAGGCCUAUGGGCAAAGUAACUAUUCCACCCAGACUUGGGUCCGUCAGCAGCAGAUGGUGACUGCUCACCAGUACAGCUUUGCCUCGGAUGGGGAGGCCAGGCACGGCAGCCGCAGUGCAGUGGACAGUGCUGGCCUUGCCCAGCCCUCACCCCACAUCCCAGUUACUCCCACCCGCGGAGCCAGCAGCAGAGUGGCUGUUCAGAGAGGCAUCAGCAAUGGGCCAAAUCCCCCUGACGUACAGCAGCUCUGUCCUGGUAAAGCACUCCAGCCCAGGUUUCCAGAUGACAGAGUCAUGAAUGGAGUAGUACAUCAGGAGCUGAACCCUGGCCCCUCCCCAGGCUCUCCUACUCUGGAUAUCGACCAGUCCAUUGAACAACUUAACAGGCUGAUCUUGGAGCUGGACCCUACCUUUGAGCCCAUCCCCACACACCUCAAUGCCCUUGGCCUCUCAGCCAAUGGCUCUAUGUGUCCUGAUGGUGUGGGAAGUGGGCUCCGGUGUGGUGGCAGGCUGGACCCUGUGGAUGGCCCUGGCCGGAGCCCUGGCCGGCAAGGUGAUGACCCCGUCGGGGGACGGCUUCGGAAACUGAGCAUCGGGCAGUAUGACAAUGAUGCCGGGAGCCAGGUGACCUUCUCUAAGUGUGGAUGGGGAAAGGCUGGGGCGGACUCAGCCCCAAGCUUGGGAUCCUUUUCCUCUCCUGCAGACAUCAAAGAGACGGUGAUCACCGCCUAUCCCCCUGACCUCGAUGUGAUCGACGGCAGGAUUCCAAACAGCAAGGAGUCACCUAUAUGUCUGACCCCAGCAUUCCCUGUGUCUCCAGAAACACCAUAUGUGAAAACUUCGCCACGAUACCCUCCGUUCAGCCCACCUGAGCCCCAGCUGAGCAUCCCAGCCAGUUUACACAAAGGGCGAGAACCACGAGGCUGCACAGAGAUUAUCAGCCACACUGUGGGGAUGUCAGAGAGCCCCCUCGGACCCAAACCCACCCUGCUUCGGGCUGAUAUGCCUGCAACACCCAACUUCCAGCAGGUGUUCGCGGCAUCCUGCACAGUUUCCAGCAACGGCCCCGGCCAGAGGAGAGAGAGCCCGCCUUCUGCAAAACGCCAGUGGGCAGAGAGCAGCCCGAAGUCCACCCUCACCCUACUGGGGAACAGCCGCCCUUCCGAAAGUCCCCUCGGCCCCCAUGAGUUCUGUAGCUCUGGUAAGAACUCACCAGGGCUGCCCUGCUUCCAGUCCUCAGAGCUCCAGGCCUCUUUCCACAGCCAUGAGCUGUCCAUGUCAGAGUCUCAGGAGGCUAUGCCUCCUGCAGGCAGCCAGGCCUUCUUGGCUUUCAACACAGUAACUACAGUAACAAGUGGCCUUCCACCCAGUGAGGAUGCUGGCACCUUGCUGGUUAAUUCCCACGGCCCAUCACCAGUCCCCGGAACCUCUCUGACGACGACAGGGGCUGCGGACAACGGCUUCCUGUCCCACAACUUUCUCACGGUAUCACCUGGAGCCAGCAGCCAUCAUAGUCCGGGCCUGCAGAACCAGGGCAUAAGCCUACCCGGGCAGCCACCCCUCCCGGAGAAGAAGAGAACCUCGGAGGGAGAUCGCUCUUUGGGCUCAGUCUCCCCUUCAUCCAGUGGCUUCUCCAGCCCCCACAGCGGGAGCACCAUGAGCAUCCCCUUCCCGAAUGUCCUUCCAGACUUCUGCAAGCCUUCAGAAGUGGCCACACCUUUGCCAGAUAGCCCAAAUGAUAAACUCGUGAUUGUGAAGUUUGUUCAAGACACUUCGAAGUUCUGGUACAAGGCAGACAUCUCAAGAGAACAAGCCAUCGCCAUGUUGAAGGACAAAGCUCCUGGGUCAUUCAUCGUGAGGGACAGUCACUCCUUCCGAGGGGCCUACGGCCUGGCCAUGAAGGUGGCCACACCUCCUCCAUCGGUCUUGCACCUGAACAAGAAAGCAGGAGAUUUGUCCAAUGAACUCGUCCGGCAUUUCCUGAUUGAGUGUACCCCAAAGGGAGUGCGGUUGAAAGGGUGCUCGAACGAACCAUACUUCGGGAGCCUGACGGCUUUGGUGUGCCAGCAUUCCAUCACCCCCUUGGCUUUGCCCUGCAAGCUGCUCAUUCCAGAGAGAGAUCCGCUAGAGGAAAUAGCAGAAAACUCUCCCCAGACAGCGGCCAACUCAGCAGCUGAGCUGCUGAAACAAGGAGCAGCCUGCAAUGUUUGGUACUUAAACUCUGUGGAAAUGGAGUCCCUCACCGGUCACCAGGCAGUCCAGAAGGCCCUGAACAUGACCUUGGUUCAAGAACCUCCUCCAGUGUCUACAGUGGUACACUUCAAGGUGUCAGCCCAGGGCAUCACCCUGACUGACAAUCAGAGAAAGCUCUUCUUCCGGAGACAUUACCCUGUGAGCAGUGUGAUUUUCUGUGCUUUGGACCCACAAGACAGGAAGUGGAUCAAAGAUGGCCCUUCUUCUAAAGUCUUUGGAUUUGUGGCCCGGAAACAGGGCAGUGCUACAGAUAAUGUGUGCCACCUGUUUGCAGAACAUGACCCCGAGCAGCCUGCCAGUGCCAUUGUGAACUUUGUGUCAAAGGUCAUGAUCGGCUCCCCUAAGAAGAUCUAAGCCCCUCUAGCCAAACCUGCCAGAUGACCCAUAGGGCCCUCAGCAUGGCAGUGGGGCGAGGUGGGGCCCUCUCCCCGUUUGUACCAGACUGACAAUCCUCACAUUCCAGACUCCAGAGGGGGAGAGUAUGGCAACUCUUCAAACCAAGAACAAACAAUGUUACCACAGAUUGGCCUUAGAGAAGCUUCUCAUCUGACACACCUACCUAGUCAGGAGCAUUUUGAGUGGAUGGAUCUUGGCCCAGGAAAUGCCUCACCAGGGUCCCAAGGACAAGGGCUGUACGAAGAGGAAGUAUAGAAGACAAGGCUGCCCUGGGUCCCUGACGCAUUAGCAUCUGUGUGGAUCGGGAGCACCCUUCAUGAUCGACGGGCAGAGUAGCCAUGGCACCCGCUUGUCAACAGAUACGCUCCGCCCAGCGGCUCUCUCAGCUUCUCUUUCUACUGCAGACAGCGAUGAAACUGAGGAGGAGAUGCAUGGUUAGUGAAGGUCUGAGCAGGUUGGAACAUGGUGGGGAUCUAAGUCGGGGCAGCGGAAGGGACCGGAAGCGAGAGCAGUGGACCGACAUGUGGAUAAUGUCGGAGAACCCACUGCUGGUGGAAAGGACUCUGUGACUCUGCUCUCAGGUCACCACCCGGACUGUGGAGAGCCUAGAGGACCCUGAGAGGAAACCGAGAAGAUAGAAUAAAAAAAAAAUGCCAUUUUAUAUAAUAUAUAUUUUACUUAUGCCAAAUUAUUUAUAACCACUUGCCACUGCCAUAGCAUACCCACGUCAAAUGCUGCAGCCGACUAAGCUGUGAUUGCUAGGAGGCUUGUCCCUUUGUAGACACACCAGAGACAGCUGGCCCCUCAACUGGAAGGGAACAAUGGUGACACCACGCAGUCCUUUACCUGCAGGUCUGCCAAAUGGAUUUGCCUCAAGCAGCCUACCCUCUGCUUGGCACAGCGACCUGUCUUGACCAGAAGAGGAUGGAAACAUCCAGGAGAAAUGGGAGACCAAGACACCGGCAUCAGCCUUAGCAGGACUGGCUGGGCCAUCUAGAGGUCUGCAUCAUCCAAAGUCCAUGUGGCCUUUCUAAGCUGUUACCGAGAUUCUCCCGUGGCACCUGCAGCUUUGGAGGGGAACUCUGUGGGUGUCGGGAGAGAGAGAGAAGGGAUGAAGAGAAAGAGCAAGAAUUCACAGGCUGUGUUUGAUUUGCUGAGUCAUCGUAGUUACUGUGCGGUGUGAUGGUUCAUGCUCAGAUGGGUACCCCACUGCUGCAGGCUCCCUGCCUGCAUCUCUCAGUACCCAGAGAUUCCGAAGAAGGCAGUGAGCCCUUCACUUUCCAGAGUGGACAUGGAGCAGGGCUACGUGGAGACAAAGCCAGGGUCUCCUCGGUCAGAACAUUACAUCCCAGGAAGACUGAGCAUCCCCAUCCCCAGCCUGAAAUUUCCACUCUCUGCCUUCUAAAAUCCAGACCUAGCUUCCACAUCUCACAGCCGGGACAGGCUACAGUUGAUAAGCUGGGAUUUUUGUGGUGAAUUCUGUUUCAAAAGGGGCAGAGAUGUAACUACAUAUAGAAUUGGAAUCAACUAUGUCAGGUUGAGUGAUAUGUGUGUGUGUGUGUGUGUGUGUGUGUGUGUGUGUGUGUGUGUGUGUGUGUAUACAGGUGGACCAUUCCACUUUUUAGCUCCUAUCGAUGCACCAAAAGCAAGUGCCUCAUUUCUGUGCCAAAUGUUUGCCUUGGUCUUUAAGGACCUCCUUUCAUGGACGCUCUGAUGUGCCUGUUAGAGGGAAUGUGCCACCAUUCCCUAGAGGCCCCAUGUCUUCCACAGAGGCUUCUAGUGUUUCGGUUACUCAUAUGCAGCUAAACUCCAGAUUGGGGCAGGGAUGGGGGCCGAAGUUUGUGCUCUGUCUAAGAAGUACCACAACCUAUGAUGGUUUAUAUGCAGAUGUGGCCCAAAGACCACAGGCCCACUCCUUUCUCCUCUGCUGGAGGGGGAGAGGACUUAAUUAGAAAUCAGCUGGGUGGAGCUGAAGCCCAGCCCUCCAGUGAAUUGAAUGCCACAGAGGUUGGCAUCCAAGAAGCCAUGGGAAUGCGCUUUCAAGUGGCUGACCAGGUAUGAUCUUCACUCAAGGUAAAAGUAGUCAAGGGUGUCAAGGGAUUCACUCUGAGGAAACACAGGAAGACAGCUCUACAACUGUCUACAACAGCUGGUAGGGCAAACUUCUGUCUUCUGUGUGUGACGUGCGUAUUGAAGAGAACAAGACGAGACCAGUGUCACAGACUAUACUCAGAAACACUGAGAAGUGUUGCUCAGGCUUUUGCUUCAAGGCCAUCAGUUGGGCAGAAGUUAGUGCAUUGUUCGGUGAGUAAAUUCAGUGAUGUCCCUCCACUCUCCAUAUAUAACCAGGGUCCCAUUAACCUUCUCAUUAAUGGUCUCAUAGUUUCCAGUGUUGGGCUGUUCCCACGUUAAAAGCCACACUGCAUUUAUCCUCAGUGUCAAGGACGUUGUAAUGUUGUUGUACCUGUCUUACCCAUUAGCGCAGUUUUCACUAUUCUAUAUUGUAAAGAAUAUAUAUCCAGUAUGUAAAUGAAUGUUCCAUAAACCUUUUGUAUAGGCAUUUCCUCUGCUCUUUAAAUAUCAACCUUAUUCAGAGUAUAAUAAAAAAUUAUGACCUUGGUAAGUCGAA